AUGGUGGCAUCAGGAAAAGGCUACUUUCGCCAGCUUCAAAAGUUCAAGCCCGAGUAUUCCGUCAAUGAAUUUACCCAAUAUGAGUCACAAAGGACAGGGAUGAGAGUCGUGGUCAUUGACCAUAAAGGACCUAAGGUAGCUGGCUAUUUUGUCCUUGCAACCGAGAUCCACGACGAUUCAGGCGCACCACACACCUUAGAGCACCUGUGCUUUAUGGGCUCUCGCAACUAUCGCUACAAGGGGUUCCUCGACAAACUGGCUACAAGGUUCUACUCCCAUACCAAUGCCUGGACAGCUACGGACCACACUGCCUAUACGCUUGAUACAGCUGGAUGGGCGGGAUUUUCGCAGAUACUCCCGAUUUACCUCGAGCAUGUCAUUGCCCCGACUCUGACUGAUGCUGGCUGCUACACAGAAGUGCAUCAUAUUGACGGAACAGGAAAUGAUGCAGGUGUCGUGUAUUCGGAGAUGCAAGGUCUUCAGAACAGCCAGACCGAGUUGAUCGACCUCAAAGCACGACGCUUGCUCUAUCCAGAAGGUGUCGGAUUUCGAUAUGAGACCGGAGGUAUGAUGGAACAACUUCGAUCACUCACCGCAGAUAGGAUACGGGCCUUCCAUCGUGAGAUGUAUCAGCCAAAGAACCUCUGCUUGAUCAUUACUGGAGAGGUAGACCACGGCGAUUUGCUGGAAAAACUAGAUACGUUUGAGAGCACAAUCCUUGAUAUUAUUCCAAGCCCGGAAGCCCCGUUCAAGCGUCCAUGGGUCGAGUCCCAGCGAACUCCACCGCUCAAAGAGUCCAUUGUGCAAAAGAUAGAAUUUCCCGAGGAAGAUGAAUCGUCUGGGGAGAUAGAGAUUAGGUUGUUGGGUCCAGAUUGCACAGACUCAAUCCAAGGCGGUGCGCUAAACGUCGUACUUUUAUAUCUGGCUGGCUCAUCGGCUACUAUCCUGGAGAACACGUUGGUCGAGAAGGAGCAAGUUGCAAGCGCAGUAUAUUUUGCCACUGAUGAUCGGCCAGAUAUCGAGAUUCGUUUCACCCUAACUAGUGUGGCAACGGAAAAACUGGAAGAAGUUGAGAAGCGAUUCUUUGAGAUAUUGCACGAAGCUGUGGAACAGCCUCUUGACAUGAAAUACAUAUCUGAAUGUAUUCAGCGUCAGAAACGAAGCUGGAAAUUCUCAACAGAGGGUUCUGCUAUAUCCUUUGCCGAAUACGUUAUUUCUGAUUUCCUGUACGGUAAAAAAGAUGGGUCAACACUCCUUGAUAUCGCCACUUUGAAUGAGUACGAGGAGUUGGAGAAGUGGACCGAAGAGCAGUGGAAGGAUUUCAUCAAGAAGUGGAUUGCUGAUGCUCACCACGUAUCCAUUCUGGGUGUCCCAUCAAGCAAACUUUCAAAAAAGCUAAAAGCUGAUGAAAAAGCAAGAGUUGCAGCACGACGAGAAGAGCUUGGCGAGAAAGGUCUCAAGGUGCUGCAGGAAAAGCUGGAAUCUUCUAUGGCAGAGAAUGAUAAGCCCAUUCCAUCAGAACUUUUGACUCAGUUUAAAGUUCCGGCAACAGACUCAAUACACUUCGUCACGACAACGACGGCAAGGUCUGGAUCUGCACUAAAAGCUGGCAGGCCCGAUAAUGAACUACAAUCCUUGAUCGAUGCCGAUAAAAUGGAAGCACCCCUUUUCAUCCAUUUUGAACACAUUGAAAGCAAUUUUGUCCAGUUGUCUCUUCUCAUUUCCGCAGGGAAGGUGCCCGUCCAGCUCCGUCCUUUGUUGGCAGUAUACACUGAAGCCUACUUCAAUAGUCCUAUUCAGAGGAACGGGGAGACGAUUUCUUUUGAGCAGGUUAUCGUUGAGCUUGAAAGAGAUACAGUUGGGUAUUCGAUGGAAGGAGCACGGGAUUUAGGAAAUUCAGAGAUGCUUCGGGUCAUUUUCCAAGUCGAGGUCGAAAAAUAUGCUACUGCAAUUACGUGGUUGAAAGAACUUACCUGGAACUCUGUAUUUGAUGCUGAGAGGCUCAAAGCUAUUACCACGCGACUACUUGCAGACGUUCCGGAUGCAAAACGUAGUGGCGAUGAUAUGCUUGCUGCAGUAUUUGUUAUGACUCAUUAUGCCCCGGAGUCUAUCGUACGAGCGCGCAGUACGCUUGUAAAGGCUCGUUAUUUGAAGCGUAUCAAACGGCUUCUGGCAACCAAACCAGAGAUAGUGAUUUCUCAGAUGGAAGAAAUCCGAAAAUGUAUGUUUCAAUUUUCCAACUUUCGGGUUCUUGUUAUCGCCGACCUGAAGAAACUGCAUGCGCCGGUUUCUUCGUGGAAAUCAUUCGUUGAGGGACUUGAUUCCAAGCAAAAUUUACAGCCUAUUACAAGUAGACGGGCUCAACUUAGCGAGGCUGGAAAGAAUAUUGGCCAGCUGUGCGAUGUGGUUCCCAUGUCAACGAUUGAUUCAUCGUUUGCUUACGCUACUGCGAAGGGGCUAGACUCAUACGACCACCCAACGCUGCCUUCCUUAUUAGUUGCCAUAGCCUAUAUGAAUGCUGUUGAGGGCCCUCUUUGGGUUGCCGUCCGCGGUACCGGACUUGCAUAUGGCACCAACUUCGGGUAUAAUAUCGAUCUCGGAUCGGUCAACUUUGAUGUUUACCGUUCUCCCAACGCCCAUAAAGCGUUUAGCUCCAGCAAGAAGAUCGUUGAAGAUCACCUCACAGGUGCCGUUGAGUUUGAUCCCUUGAUGCUUGAAGGUGCAAUUAGUAGCAUAGUGGUCAGUUUCGCAAAUGAGCAAGCAACCAUGGCGAGCGCUGCCCAAGGCAGUUUCAUUCGCCAGGUGGUCCGCCUUCUACCAAGCGACUACAAGGAAAAGAUCUUGAAGAAAGUCAGGGAGACGACAGUUGAUGAUGUCAAACUCGCGCUGAAAGAUAUCAUAUUGCCACUUUUUAACCCUGAUUCCUCGAAUCUUGUGGUAACAUGUGCACCGGUGCUGGAAGAGACGAUCAACAAUGGUUUUGUAUCUUUUGGCUACAAACCUGCGGUUAAGACUUUGAACGAAUUUGAGGAUGAUUACGGUCUAAGAGUUGAUGGCGAGGAAGACGACGAAGAGGACGAAGAGGACGAGGAUGAGGACGAAUCAGAAAGUGAGGAAGAGGAUGGCGAAUGA